UCCGUCGCCUUCCUUGAAACGCCUUCUUCUCUCCCUCUAAAAUCGCCAUUGAUUUGUAGCCUUGUAGGUUCGUGGAAGCAACAGCUCCCCCCUUUCAAUUACAGUGUCGAAUUAACGCCAUCUACCUUAUCUUCCAUUUUGGGCUAUUGCGAUUGAUUUUCUGGGAAAAGGAAUUGACAAAUUGCGACUCACGUUAGAUUGCAAUAACUAUUAUAGAGGGCAACGAACGAUAUUUUUAGGCAAAGACUUACUAUCGAUGCGUGGUAUGAGAGGAUCAUCUCGCAGAGGCAGCUUGGACACGAUCCAUUCGAUCUGAAGCAAUUUUGGUGACUAGAAGAAAGUUGCGAGGACGUAUCAAUGGCCUUUGAGCAAUACUAUGCAAGGGAAUGGAAGUCAGUUGCAGGUGCAGGAACAGGUACAGAAAACUUCAACGGUUGUUUUGACUGCAACAUCUGCUUAGAUUUUGCUCGUGAACCAGUUGUCACUCUCUGUGGCCACCUCUACUGCUGGCCCUGCAUCUACAAGUGGCUCCAUGUCCAGAGUGCCUCUCUUGCCUCUGAUGAGCAUCCUCAAUGCCCAGUUUGCAAGAGUGAUAUAUCUCACACCACCAUGGUUCCCCUUUAUGGCAGAGGCGAAGCAGGAGAAGCUGAAGGCAAGGCACCAUUCCGGGAUAUGAUCAUACCCCCUCGGCCAGCCGCAUGUGGUACUCAAUUGAUGCUAUCUAAUACACUUCCUAGUGGUCAACAGCUUGUAUAUCGUAACCCUUAUCAAAAUCAACACAGCCCUCCACCAUACAGCGGUCUUGAGGAGGAUUCUUCUCCAUCACGGAUGUUUAAUAUUGCAGGAUCUACGAUGGCUGGUAUGCAGAAUCCAAUGAUUGGGAUGUUCACGGAGAUGGUUUAUGCUAGGAUAUUUGGGAACUCAGAGAGCUUAUAUGCAUAUCCCAACUCAUAUCACCAAUUAACCGCAAGUAGUAGCGCCAGGUUGCGACGACAUGAGAUGCAGGCAGACAAGUCAUUGAACCGGAUUUCGAUUUUUCUUUUCUGUUGCUUUCUUCUCUGCCUUAUGUUAUUUUAGGUAACGUGGCUUGCCCUGUUUUGUAUACCUUGUAAAGAAUGACGGAGUAAGCUUUAUGAAUAUGUAGAUGAGAUAUAUCAUAUAGUAAGUAAUAUAUGUGACUACAUGGAGUUAUUAUUGGAGAUAUCGGAUCUGGUUA